GCCUCCGCCAGGACUGCGCCUCCAGCUCCGCGUCCGUGUCGCGCCGCAGCUCCAGCGCCUCCCUGCACUCCCUGCGGAGGGGCACCUACAGCGACCAGGAGUUCGACGCCUACAGCCUGGAGGACGAGGACGAUUACGACUGUUCCCUGUCGUACCGCAGCGCUCACAGAUACUCCCCGUCCCCGCUCAGCUCGCCCCGGUGCCAGUCCCCUUCUUCCAGCGCCGACUACGGCAGGUCGGCGGCGUCCCGGAUCCGGCCCCCGCGGAGAUCCGUGCAAAGCCCCAUGCCCGACCGGCUCAAGUACGCCAGCAGCGAAGAGGAGAUGCGGCACAGCAUGCCCAACCUGGCCAGGACAAGCCUUCGAGCUCUGGAGUCCGUGAGGAGCAGUCGGAGCCUGGAGUCGGAUCUGCAGGUGCCAAACAGUCGAAUUCCAAGAACUCAGCAACGGUCAGCAGGUCUGGCUCCCAGUAAGCUCAGGUAUUCCCCCAGUGCCGGGCAGUCUCCUUUACCGGCGCGACAGCCCGUGAAAGCCGCGUCCUGCACAAACUCUCUGCUAACGCCCAGGCAGCCGGUGAAAGCCACCAGUUACACAAGUGCUGCUGGUGGAGUUCGGAAACCACAGGCGUCCUCGCUCAGCACGGGCUCUUCCAGUAGCAGUUGCACCACCAGAACCAGUAACUUGGUCUCUGUGGCAAAGAAUUCCCCCGUUAAAGCACGCGCGUCCCUCGGAGCAAUCGCGGUGCCCAAGGGCAAGCCGACGCCGCCGUCCAGGAGAUUCCUUCAGUCAGCACAGACUGCUCAGGCCACCGAGGACGAUUCGUGGAAGGAUGGGUGCUACUGA